GCUUGCAGGCGAUGUAGCAUCGCUCAUUUUGAACACAGCUCGUUUGAUUAUCAUUGACGCUUAGUAUCUUGGCAAGGUCCACGUCCUGAUAAUGUCCGAUUUACCCAUCUCUCAAGGACAUCACAGGAUCAGCGGCUUCAUUUUACCUUCUAUUCAUAGCACAACUAUUCGAUCUAAGAGUCACUCUGAUGAUGUCGAUCCCACUGAACGCCCAAAUAAUCAGUGAGGCGGUAGAAGCCUCUCAAACAAUUGCUGUUGGCGUCCUUGGCUUUACAAUUCUGGUGUGGGAUCAUGCAAUCACUUUUGCAGACGAGGUGAAGAUGAUAUGGGGCCGUCCGAAGAAUCUCUUGACGUGCUUAUUCUUGCUCAAUCGGUACCUCACACCUGUUGGUUUCAUCGUGAACCUUAUUGCAUAUAGCCUGCCCUCUUGGUCGUUCAUAAAAUGCGAGCAUUUCGUUCGGUACGAGGGGGCUAUGACGGCAGUUGGGAUUCAAGUUGUGGGACUAAUGAUGUUCCUGCGUGUUCGAGCUAUGUACCACGACAACAGAUGUGUUGUAAUCUUCGUGGCAUCGUUGUUGUUUGCUUGGGUGGCGCUUAGCGCUUUUCUGUUGUCUCACGGUGUAGCUGUAUCUCACUCUUCUUCUAUACAUUCUUGUCGCAUGGAGUUCUCUGAUUCUUUGGUUCUUUCAUCUGCAUGGGCAUGGAUUCCUCUCUUCUAUGACACAGUCGUCUUUGCCUUGACUUUGAACCGAACAUUGCCCUCGAUACAAAAUAAAGAGGCAGGGCAUAUCGUCCACAGGCUAUUCACAGAUGGUGUUUUAUUCUACAGUGUAUUGUGUACCAUAAACCUUAUCUUUACCAUCAUGGUUGUGAGGGCUCCACGUGGCUUGAAGAACAUUACUGGACAACUGGAACUCAUAUUAACCGUCGCUAUGAUGUCACGCAUCACGCUCAACUUGAAGAAGGAGGGCACACGUGAUUCUGUACCACUCGACACACACCUUGGAAGUAAAUUUCCGCUCUACUUCGAUUGUCAAAGGCCUGUCCAAGAUAUUAUGAAGUCGCAACGACCAGCUCCUAGCUCCAAGACUUUUCCAAUGAGAACAAAAUCAUUCGAAAUGCAAGGUCAUGCAAGAGCUUUUGACGGCGAUGUAUGCUCUCAAGGACAGCGAGACAACGAAGCUCGCAUCUGCUUUACCUGCCCUGCAGUGACUGGUGCAUUGGACCCUGCGGACAAUGAACGCAGCAGGUACCAGGAGGCAAUAGAGAUUGUCGUACAGACUACUGUAUGACAUGGACUUGCGAAAUACCAAAUGUUAUACUACUAAUAAUUGUCAUUUCCUUCGUACCUUAGAGCUAAUUAGAAAAUCAUACGAUUAUUAAGACAACAGGCUGUUAUUUACAGUAUAUACUGUAUACACAGUACUCGUACCAUUACGUCACUAGUAGCUUUAUACUUUGAGAAUGGCAUCCGAGGAGAGUAAUAAUUAGUACUAUUUGUGCACA